AUGGCCGCAAGAAAGACAUCAUCAUCGAGCAAUGGCUCCUCUCCGAUGCUGCGCGACGUCUUCGGCGUGCGAGAGAAGCUCAAUCCCAAGAUGCAGGACAUGACGCGCCCCCAGAUCGAAUCGUUCAACUUUGCGAUGCAGGAUGGCUUGCAGCUUGCCGUGCAGGACCUCCUCAAGGAGGAAUUCCAAGUGGCCAAAGGCGGCCCCGCCGUGAAGCUGUGGUAUGAGGACUUCCAGAUCGCCAAACCUUCACGCGACAACCUUGAUGAAAAGCUCUACCCCAACGAGUGCCGAGAGGGCGGCUUCACGUACAACGGUCUAUGUGUGGCCACCAUCGGCUACAAGGUGGGCGAGAAGGUGGGCCGGUUGCAAAGGACCAUGGGCAAGAUCCCUCUCAUGGUGAAAUCAAACAAAUGCCACCUCGACGGCAUGUCGCCGGCCGAGCUCGUCAAAGCCCGCGAGGAGGGCACCGAGCUUGGUGGCUACUUCAUCAUCAACGGUCUGGAGAAGCUCAUUCGUUUGAUCUGUAUGCCCAAGCGCAACUUUCGACCAUCGUGGGCCGGCAAGGGCAAUUACUACACACAACACGGUGUGCAGAUCCGUAGCGUGCGCAAGGAUCAAUCCAACCAGAACAUGACUCUCCACUAUCUCUCCAACGGUUCCUGCUCUCUGCGUAUCUCAGUUUUCAAGCAGGAGUACUUCAUCCCCGGCAUCCUCAUCCUUAAGGCCCUCAUCUCCACCACCGACAGAGAAAUCUACAACAGCCUCGUCCGCGGCGACGUGGAGAACACAUUCUUGACUGAUCGUGUGGAAGUGAUCCUGCGCGAGGCCAAGUCAUACGAGAACAUGGAGACCAAGGAGCAGUGUCUCGCCUACCUCGGUUCCAGCUUCCGUAUUGCUCUCCGGGUGCCCGAGAGGAUGACGGACAUCGAGGUGGGCCAGUUCCUGCUCGACCGUUACAUCUUUGUGCACCUGAACCCGCAGAAGAACAAGCAGAAGUUCGACCUUCUCGCUUUCAUGAUCCGCAAGCUCUACUCUCUGGCGAGCGGUGAGAUCGGUCCCGACAACGCCGAUUCGCCCAUGAACUUCGAGCUGCUGUUGCCCGGCCACGUCUACCUCAUGUUCCUCAAGGAGAAGAUGCAGGAGUGGCUCGUCGGCGUCAAGCUGAUCCUCAACAAACUGCACGCCAUGCCCUCCGCCAAGGCCGGCCUCACCUGGGAAUCCGAUCCUGAGGGGUACCUGCGCAAGGCCAUGGAGAAGAACUUCGACCUGGGCAAGAAGGUGGACUACUUCCUCGCCACCGGCAACCUGAUCUCGUCCACCGGCAUGGGCCUCAUGCAGCUCAACGGUUACGUCGUGGUGGCCGAGAAGCUCAAUUGGCUGCGUUACUUCUCCCACUUCCGCUGCGUCCACAGAGGCGCCUUCUUCGCCACCAUGAAGACGACCGCCGUGCGUAAGCUCAUGCCCGAGUCGUGGGGUUUCUUCUGUCCUGUGCACACUCCCGACGGAGCGCCUUGUGGUCUCAUCAACCAUUUGACCGCCGUGUGCAGGCUCAUCACGCACCAGGCCGACACCCGACGGAUGGCCUCUCUCCUGGUCUCGCUGGGCGUUUCGCCCGCGUCCCAGUCCAUUCUCUUCCCCUCCGACCAGUACCUCGACGUUUUCCUCGACGGUGAGCUCAUGGGCUUCAUUCCGCACGCGGCCGCGCCGCAGCUGGUCGAAAAGCUGCGCUACCUGAAGGUGAAAAAGCUCGAAGACAUCCCGUGGACGCUCGAGCUGGGUCUGGUGCCGGCCGGCGUCAGCAAGCAGUACCCCGGGCUCUACAUGUGGACCACGCCCUCGCGCAUGAUGCGCCCCGUCAAGUACCUCGCCACCGGCGACAUCGAGUACAUCGGCUCCUUCGAGCAGGUGUACAUGAACAUUGCGGUGCUCGACGAGGACAGGAAGGACAAGGACAUCUUCACGCACCAGGAGAUCCGACCCAUGAACAUGCUCUCGGUCGUGGCCGGCCUCACGCCCUUCUGCGACAUGAACCAGUCGCCCCGAAACAUGUACCAGUGCCAGAUGGCCAAGCAGUCGAUCGCCACGCCGUGCCACUCGUUCCAGCACCGGACGGACAACAAGAUCUACCGCAUCCAGAACCCGCAGGCGCCCGUGUCGCGCACCAACGUCUACGACGAGUACGAGCUCGACGACUACCCGAUCGGCGCCAACGCCAUCGUCGCCGUGCUUUCGUACACCGGCUACGACAUGGAGGACGCCAUGAUCAUCAACAAGGCCGCCUACCAGCGCGGAUUCGGUCACGCCAGCGUCUACAAGAACGAGCUGGUGGACUUUGCGCGGAAGGAGAAGAAGGGCGACGCGCCCAAGUACAUCGCCAACCCGCUCGUGGAGGACAAGGACCAACAGGCCAUGGACGAAGACGGCAUGCAGCCCGCCAAGAAGCGCUUCUGCGAGGAGCUCGAAGAGGACGGUCUGCCUGCCCCGGGUACGAGGCUCGAGGCGGGCAGCCCGUUCUACGUCACGGUUGACGGCGGCACCGGCAAGCCGCACCUGCACCGGUACAAGAGCAAGGAGGAGGCCGUCGUGGACGAGGUGCGCGUCGUCGGCACGUCGAGCAAGGGCCUGAUCCAGCGCGUGUCGAUCAAGCUGCGGCUCAAUCGAAACCCGGUGAUCGGAGACAAGUUCGCAUCGAGGCACGGGCAGAAGGGCGUCAUGUCCCAGCUGUGGCCGCAGGAGAACAUGCCCUUCAGCGAGUCGGGCAUGUCGCCCGACGUCAUCAUCAACCCGCACGCCUUCCCCUCGCGUAUGACCAUCGCCAUGUUGAUCGAGUCCAUGGCCUCCAAGUCUGGCGCCCUCCACGGCAUGUUCCAGGAUGCCACUCCCUUCCGGUUCGACGAGAAGCACACGGCGGUUGACUACUUCGGCCAGCAGCUGCUGGCGGCCGGCUACAACUACUACGGCAACGAGCCCAUGUAUUCGGGCAUCCUAGGGUGCGAGCUGCGGGCCGACAUCUACCUGGGCGUGGUGUACUAUCAGCGUCUGCGUCACAUGGUGAAGGACAAGUACCAGGUGCGGUCCACCGGUCCCGUCCACCAGCUCACCCAACAGCCCAUCAAGGGUCGUCAAAAGGGAGGUGGUAUCCGUUUCGGAGAGAUGGAGCGCGAUUGUCUUCUGGCCCACGGCACCUCGUUCCUCCUGCAGGACCGACUCUUCAAGUGCUCCGAUUACUCCAGGAGCUGGGCGUGCAAGGGCUGCGGCAGUAUCAUCUCGCCGGUGAACACCAAGGACCGCAAGGUGAUGUGCACCUUCUGCGAGUCGAAGGACGGCGUGACCGCCAUCACCAUUCCCUACGUCUUCCGCUACCUCGUCAACGAGCUCGCCGCCAUGAACAUCCGAAUCACCAUGAACAUCCAGUGA